CGAUACAGCACGUAGCCAAUGAGAAGACAAGUCCUCGAACAUUUAAACACAAAUAUCGUUGUGCUCGGUGUCUUGCUGUCUUCAAAGAAGUGUUGCGAGAAGAUACUUUCAGAAGUAGAGUUGGGAGUUGUGAGCUAUCGUCUAAGUGUAAGGAUCUAAACAUGCCUACUCAAGAGAAUGAUGUGCCAAAUAGGCUCACAGCCUUCAAAAAUAAGGGAAAGAAUCUUGAAGAAAUGCGUCGGAGGAGGAGUGAAGUUAGAGUGGAGCUUCGUAAGGCCCAUAAAGAUGAUCAGUUGCUUAAGAGGAGAAAUAUUGCGGACUUUGAAGAACCUAGUACACCUCUUCAAGACAAUAUUCAAAUGCCACAGACUAUACCAGUGGAUGAAAUAAUAGCAGGAAUGUCAAGCAGUGAUCCAGAUGCACAGUUCCAAGCAACACAAGCUGCCAGAAAAACAUUGAGCAGAGAGAGAAAUCCACCAAUUGAUGUCAUGAUUGAAUGUGGCAUUGUUCCAAGAUGUGUAGAGUUUUUGUCAUAUCACCACAACCCAUCACUCCAGUUUGAAGCCUCUUGGGCUCUAACAAACAUUGCCUCUGGAAACUCUGAACAGACUUAUGCUGUUAUUAAAAGUGGUGCUGUUCCCAAAUUGGUUGCUCUGUUAUCUUCGCCAUCUGCUCAUGUUGCAGAACAGGCUGUGUGGGCAUUAGGAAAUAUUGCUGGUGAUGGACCAGUGGCAAGAGAUCUGGUUAUAAAUAAUGGAGCAGUGCCUGCAUUGCUUGAACUUAUAAGACCAGAGACAGCAGUAACAUUCUUAAGGAACAUAGUUUGGACUCUUUCUAACCUUUGUCGAAACAAAAAUCCACCUCCACCAUUUGAAAGUAUCAAAAUGUGUCUUCCUGCCUUAAACAAGUUGCUAAACUAUGGUGACAGUGACGUGUUGGCGGAUACAUGUUGGGCAUUGUCAUAUUUAACUGAUGGCACGAAUGACAAAAUCCAAGCAGUAGUUGACAUUGGUGUUGUCCCAAGAUUGGUGGAACUCCUUUCCUUUAAUGAAGUAUCUGUCCUCACACCAGCUUUGCGUGCUGUUGGUAACAUUGUUACAGGAAAUGAUACACAGACUGAUGCAGUUAUCAAUGCAGGUGGUCUGAAGUAUUUAGGUCAACUGUUAGAUCACCCACGGCUUAAUAUAAUGAAAGAGGCAGCUUGGACUGUGUCAAAUAUAACAGCUGGCAAUGUUGACCAAAUACAGGAAGUCGUGAAAGCUGGUCUUGUUGAACCAUUAAUAGCAGUUUUGACAAAAGGAGAUUUCAAGUCUCAAAAGGAAGCAGCUUGGGCUGUGACAAACUUCACUUCAGGAGGGUCUGCAGAGCAGAUAGUACACCUUGUUCGAUGUGGAGUGUUGAAGCCAUUUUGUGACCUUCUUGACAGCAAAGAUUGGAAAACUGUAUCUGUGGUACUAGAUGGGUUGGGAAACAUCUUACAGACUGCUGAAAAAAUGGGUGAAGUUGAACGUGUUGCUAUAAUGAUUGAAGAAUGUGGUGGACUGGAUAAAUUAGAAUCUCUGCAGCAACAUGAAACUGAACAAAUUUAUCAAAAGUCAUUGCAGCUGAUAGAAACUUACUUCUCCGAUGCUGAUGCUGAAGACUCAAACCUGGUGCCUUCAGAAGUAGAUGGUCAGUUGGAUUUCAACAAUUCUGAUAAAGUCCCUGAAGGUGGAUUCUCCUUCUAAAAUUCUAUGAAGACUGGUUUCUACAAUUUUUUGUGAAUGCAGUUGUGGGGUUGUAUAAAUUGUUAUUUAGUAAUUUUGUAUUGCAAUGCUGCAUUUUUACUUUUUAACUUUUCGAUACAUUGACACUUCCUAAAUUGUAAUUUCUGUGCAUUAGAUAUAGACAUUUUUGUAUUUUCUUGCCUUCUGUCACUAUCUUUUUGUUUUUGUUAUAAUUAAAUAAUUAUUUUUUAAAAA